AACCCAGAUGUAGACGUACCGAACAGGCACAUCACAUGCACAUCCUACUCCCGGUGUACGGUGUACCAGGGAACAGAAUCAUGGGACCACCAUGUGACAAACCCACCGCUUGCCCGGCGCACGAUACGCCGGAUUCACGGAAGAUCCCCGCUAGCUCGCCAACCUUAGAUCCUCUACGCUUAUUCUCCCUCCGCUCCUCCGCUGCUCUGCUUCUUCUCCACUUCCGUGUCUGCGCUGAUUGACUCAAACUCAAACCCCACACUCUCAGCAGCUAACGGCGACACCUCUUUCCGAAAUUGAUCGCUCCUUGAAGUUGACCCUUUUCCGGAAGCUAGGGUUCCGCCUCUCCCCUCCUUCUUCUGUCCCCACUCCGAUUCUGAGCGCCUCUCCGGCUCAGAAUUCCUCCCCAGGGCCGCAGCUCGGGGGGAGCCGAUCGCCGUUGGAUGGACCAGGUUCUGGAGGAAAGGGACGCCGCCGAUUGGGUUUACAGAGGCGAAGGAGCUGCCAAUAUAGUCGUAGCCUACACCGGAUCCUCUCCUGCCCUCUAUGGAAGCAGAGAAGCGAAAGCAGAGGGGUCGAAUUUGAUGUUUUCGUUGACUGUGUAAUCUGUACGAGCUUGAAACUGCUAAAAAUGCGAUCUUGGAGGGUACAAAUUCGUCACUCCCAUCACAUGCAAUCCAUAUUGAGUAAGCGAGUUGGCGCAUGCAAAGCUAUAAAUUGGACCGGAACUCGCGAUGGGCUGGGAAGGUUCUGCGGAUACAAAAAGUUCCAGAGAAGGAAUCAAAUUUCAUACAUGGUUCAGCUUUUUCUGCAAAUGAACGGCUAUUAUGGAAAGAUCACAAAGAGCUUGUAUUAUCACCGACAAGAGAUAUGGCAGCGCAGCUUUAUUUGGAACAUGUGAUGAGCCCGCUGUUGGGCUCUAAACAUGUUGAUGCCGGGAUCCAAGUUCUUGUGUCACAGGAGUUUCUAGAGGCAGUUGAGGAGAAUAUAAAUGGUAGACGUCCUGUUUGGAGAAUCAAUGCCGCCAAGGUCAAUAGAGAUUGCAAACAUGCACUUCUACUAUCUGAUCAUUCAUGUUUUCCUCGCGGUAUCAUGAACGACGAGCCAUGCAUAUCUAUCGAAAUAAAGCCCAAAUGUGGAUUCCUUCCAUCUUCAAGAUACAUUGCAAAGCGAAAUGCCAUUAAGAGGAGCAUAACUCGGUUUAAAAUGCACCAAGCCCUGAAGUUCCAUGACAAAGAGGUAUCAAAAAUAAGUGACUACGAUCCAUUAGAUCUCUUUUCUGGAUCCAAGGAUAGAAUGUACAAGGCCUUGAAGGCUCUUUAUGAUACUCCCCAGAACAAUUUCCGAGUGUUCAUGGAUGGGUCCCUCAUUUUGGGUGACUUGGGUGGGUCUGCUGAUAGCACUACUAGAGUGAUUGGAGAAAACCUCGAAGACGUACUCAAGUCUAUUAUUCAGGCGGAUGACGGCCUUCGCACGAGAAGAUUUCUCGAGCUUAUCAUAGAGGCAGUUCGUAAAUCUGGUGUGUUGGAUCGACUCCUUGAUGUCCAGAAACUCGAUACUUACAAUAUUGAAGGAGCAAUUCAUGCGUAUUAUAACAUUGUGUCGCGACCUUGUAUAGUUUGUAAAGAAUUAGGGGAAGAUGGUUGGUUCCAUAAACGCAACUCUUUGCAUUCACUUUCAUUGGAAGAGAGCUUGAAGAUCGUGAAGGACUUCCUGAUAUCUGCCACUGUGAAGGAUUGUAGUUUGAUGAUCUGCUUUAGACCAAGAGGGGCUGCCUCAGAUUCUUCAUUCAGCAGUGUACACCUGGAAUCAACUGGCCAAUUUUUCGAUUACAAGGCAUUUUUCAUCGACCUGGACUUGAAGCCUCUGGACAAAAUGGAACACUACUACAAGUUAGAUCAGAAGAUUGUCAGAUGGUACACCCAAAUAGCACGGGAUGAAUGUUCGGAUAAAAGAGAUGGGUGUAUCGAAUUAUACAGUAACACAAAUUGAUGCAGGUGAAUGCCAUACGAGAUAUUACCGGCUGUCUGGUGAUUCGCCUGUAAGUGUACUAUGAGACAUUUUCCCAUGUUGUAACGUUACAGAAGUCUCCAAAUUGGGAACUUCUGGUAGAAUGAACAGCUGUGUUUUCCUUUAUCUUAAGGCACCAAUUUUUGUUCA